GGCAGGGUCAGGGCUGGGAAGUGUUGCAAAAACUUACUGCCCUCGGAACUUGCUCGCGCCGUGAACUGGGCGGUGUUCCUGAAGGGCUUGGGUUUACUGGUUUUGUUUUGGUCCUGUCUAGCAAAUGAGCAUAAAGUUAUUUCUCCCUCAGCCUCCUCCCCUUUCCUUUCUGAUAGGGGCCAGCGGCGAAAGGGCUUCUAAGGGGAAGCGCCUGGACGGGGCAUCGUCGCCCCGGUUUUCGCCACCUGUGGGGGUGUGAGGUUAUCCGCGCUCGGUGCAGGGCUACGGGGCGCGGAGCUUGUUGCGUCCACACUGCUUGCGUGAGCAGUGUCCUCUCUGUGCUCGUUUCCAACGAGAAACGUUGGAACUUCGGUGGGUGUUCUUAUCAGCUCUUCACUGGGUCAUCUGUCUGUGUGUCACAGCCUCAGAAGACCAGCAAGAUGGCUGCCAACAAGAGUAAGGGCCAGAGCUCCUUGGCCCUCCACAAGGUGAUCAUGGUUGGCAGUGGAGGCGUUGGCAAGUCGGCCCUGACGCUUCAGUUCAUGUAUGACGAGUUUGUAGAAGACUACGAGCCUACCAAAGCUGACAGUUAUAGAAAGAAAGUGGUUCUUGAUGGGGAAGAAGUUCAGAUAGAUAUUCUGGACACCGCUGGGCAAGAGGACUACGCAGCCAUUCGAGAUAACUACUUUCGGAGUGGGGAAGGGUUUCUUCUUGUGUUCUCAAUCACAGAACAUGAAUCCUUUACAGCAACUGCCGAAUUCAGGGAGCAGAUUCUCCGUGUGAAGGCUGAAGAAGAUAAAAUUCCAUUGCUUGUCGUGGGAAACAAGUCUGACUUAGAGGAGCGGAGGCAGGUGCCUGUGGAGGAGGCCAGGAGUAAAGCCGAAGAGUGGGGCGUGCAGUACGUGGAGACAUCGGCGAAGACGCGGGCCAAUGUGGACAAGGUGUUCUUUGACCUAAUGAGAGAAAUCAGAACAAAGAAGAUGUCAGAAAACAAAGACAAGAAUGGCAAGAAAAGCGGCAAGAACAAGAAAAGUUUUAAAGAAAGAUGUUGCUUACUAUGAAUGUCAAGGUGACGGAUGAAGCCAGCUGCCCAUAAGGACACAGGGCUGGGUUGGUAAAGAGAAGGCUGUGGUUGACUUCUUGCUUGUGCUUCCUGCUCUUCCCAACUUCAUUCACUCAGACUUCUUUAAAUGGGGAAAAAUAUUUUUGUGACUCAGUGGCUGGCAGAAGAAAUAAGCCCAUGCAAGUGGAAGGGCUGCUUUGUCAGGAGGUUGUGGAGUUUCUGUCUUCUCCCCUUCUUCUGUCCCAAAAGCUUAACUAUGUAUAAAGUGCCACAGAUAGGAGACAGCUGUAAAUUACAGAGAGAGAGAAUUGUCAUAGCAUCUUAUUUUGUUCCUAGUUUUAUAACAUUACCAUCCUUUGUUUUGAACUACAAAUAUUGUAGUGGGUUUUGGAGGAGGAAGUGGAGUAAGAUGCCCUCCCACUUUUAUCAGGUUAGUAGUAGUACUGAGAAAAAUCCCUUCAGCUCUAAGCACACGGAAAAAUCCACCGAUUUUUUGGGUAAGUUUCUUGGCAAUACCCUAUGGAUCUGAAACAGCUAAAAAAAUGAAUUUGAAUUGCGCCAAAUAGGUCAAUACUAAGCUUCCGAAUCCUCCUCACAUAUGAAAAGUGAAAGUUUUGAGUUGUUUUCCUCUUAUUUAAAUACUGGCCAAUUAUAGUCUGUGUUGGUUAUUUUUCUCUUGUAAGCAUCCUGAUUUUUAUGUAGGAAAUUUUUCUUGGCAGACCAAGCGAAGACUCAAGAAUGGUGUACAUUAUAAAUGACACACGUUUCCACUCAUGUAGAUAUUUUUAAGUUCUUUGGCUAAGUCCUCUCCUAACUGCUCGUCCUCUGGUUAGGCCCCUCCCUCUCCACUAGUGGCGAAUGCAUGUGUCUUUCUGAUCAGCGUCACUGCACACAGAGGUCUAUUGAGCCUCUUGCUAAGUGUCUCACACACACUCUUCCCAAAGACGCGAUGAAUUAAAGUUGUAUUCUGAAAUUGUGAAGCCAGAGCCUGUGCCAGACCUUCUGCUACCUCUCAUAGAAUUGCUCUGUAAUUCUAAAUUUAAAAUUAGAAGUGGAGAGAGAUAAGCCAUUGCCCCAUUGCCUCUGAGAAUUGGCUGCUGUUUCUAAUCUAAUUAUUUUCUAAGAUAGCCAGAUAGUUAGAAAAAGAUGUUCAUUGAUGAGAUAUUUUUAAACUUGCUUGCAUCAGUAUUUUAAAUUGAGCAAACUGUAAGAUUUUCAUCAGGAAAGGAGCACUGUGGUAAAAAGCCCAGUAUUCACAUUUUUUUUCCCAUUUUUCAGAAGUGACAUUUCAUAUAUAGGUGCCAAAAGUGAAUUGGGGUGUGGAGAGCGGGAACCUUUUGAAUUUACAAUUAUCACAGAGAUUGUAGAAAUUAUGAUCUGACUGGAAAAUGAUCCUGUAUCCCCUCCCAAAGAAUCAUGGGCUUUUUUUAAAAUAAAAAAGCAGACAAAUAGA